AGGGAGCUGGACCCUGUGUAGGAACCAGUGAGUCUGGUCUCCAUGCGCCAGCCAGACUCCAGCUUCAGAGGAAUUACCUUUGGGAGCUACAAGAGGUGUUUUUGGUAACUCGGGACUUCCGUGUCAGCCUCCCCACGGAAGCCACAGUUAGUGCUGUGUUCUGUGUGGGUCUCUUGCGUGUCUCUGCCUUCACCUCUCACUGUGGAAAGAGAGCUGGCAGGGAGAGGGUCCUGGCGGGUGGGGUGCACAGGAUGGAAGCCCAGGGGGAGCUGUGACCAGCACGUGCACUGAGCUCCCCAUGGCAGACAGAGAUGCGUGAGUGAGAAACAGACUGCAGAGAAGCCCUGAGCUCCAUGGCUACCAGCUCUUGCACAAAAAGGGAAGGUCACGUGGAGGCUGCUGCCAAGGUCAAAGUGCAGCGCGUGCUUGGCGGGAUCUGGCCCCACCCUCGCUGACAUUUGAGGAGUCCUCGAGUGUGAAGAUGCACUUGAAGGAGAACUGGUGAGAUCCAUCCAGAGGCAUCAGCAGACCCCGCGGAGGAAGGCGCGGCACAGUCCCCGGGAGCACCCAGCGGGCACCUCCAGAGAGCUCAGAGUGACCACAUCUGGCAGAAAAGGAAAAAAUGUAGUUAUUGAAUCCAGUCCAGUGUUUGUAUCUCUCACAUUAUCAACAAAAGUAGUCAAGAAAGGUUCUGGAGGCCCCAUGAACACAUGGAUAUAGAAGGAGCCACAUGAAGAUGGAGAAAUCGAGGCACAGAGAAAUCAAGUGACUUUGCCACAGUCACAAGCUGGGGAGGACCAGAGAUAGAAGCUGAGAGCGCCCGGCUCUGGGCCUGCGUCCUGCCCACAGAGUCACGCUGCCUCCGUCCUCCGGAGAGAAGGCUCCUUGCAAGAUGGACAUGGACGCCGAGGAGAAGCGCCAUCGCACGCGGUCCAAAGGGGUUCGAGUUCCCGUGGAGCCGGCAGUGCAGGAGCUGUUCAGCUGCCCCACUCCUGGCUGUGAUGGCAGUGGUCACGUUAGUGGCAAAUAUGCGAGACACAGAAGUGUAUAUGGUUGUCCCUUGGCUAAAAAAAGAAAAACACAAGACAAGCAGCCCCAAGAACCUGCUCCCAAGCGAAAACCGUUUGCGGUGAAAGCAGACAGCUCCUCGGUGGACGAAUGUUAUGAGAGCGAUGGGACGGAAGACAUGGACGAAAAGGAGGAGGAUGAGGAGGAGGACUUCUCCGAGGACAAUGAGGAACAAGGAGACGAGGACGACGAGGAGGAGGAGGAGGUGGACCGGGAGGAAGAGGAGGAGAUCGAGGAGGAGGAGGAUGACGACGACGAUGAAGAUGGAGACGAUGUGGAGGAGGAAGAGGAGGAGGAGGAGGAAGAUGAGGAAGAAGAGGAGGAGGAGGAAAACGAAGCUCAUCAGAUGAAUUGCCACAGUACUCGGCUCAUGCAAGACGCAGAAAAGGACGAUAACAAUAAUGACGAGUACGAUAACUAUGAUGAACUCGUGGCCAAGUCACUUCUGAAUCUUGGCAAAAUCGCUGAGGAUGCAGCAUACCGGGCCAGGACCGAGUCAGAAAUGAACAGCAACACAUCCCACAGCCUGGAGGACGAUAGCGACAAGAACGAGAACCUGGGCCGGAAGGGCGAGUUGAGCCUAGACUUAGACAGCGACGUUGUCCGAGAAACAGUGGACUCCCUCAAACUGCUGGCCCAAGGGCACGGUGUCGUGCUCUCGGACAACAUCAACGAUAGGGGCUACGGGGACAGCAUGUCGCAGCAGGACAGCAGGAACAUGAACUACGUCGUGCUGGGUAAGCCCCUGAACAAUGGGCUGGUGGACAAGAUGGUGGAGGAGAGCGACGAGGAGGUGUGCCUGAGCAGCCUGGAGUGUCUGCGGAACCAGUGCUUUGACCUGGCCCGGAAGCUCAGUGAGACCAACCCCCAGGAACGCAGCCAGCCAGCCACCAUGGGCGUCCGCCAGCACGGCCGGCCGGAGGACGACUUCCCGGGCAGGACGCCCGACAGGAACUACUCAGAAAUGAUGAACCUCAUACGGCUCGAGGAGCAGCUGAGCCCCAGGUCUAGAACGUUCUCCAGCUGUGCGAAGGAGGACGGGUGUCACGAGAGGGACGAUGACACCGCCUCCGUGAACUCGGACAGGUCCGAGGAAGUGUUUGACAUGACCAAAGGCAACCUGACCUUGCUGGAGAAAGCGAUUGCCUUGGAAACGGAAAGAGCGAAGGCCAUGCGAGAGAAGAUGGCCAUGGAUGCCGGGAGGAGGGACAGUGUAAGGUCGUAUGAGGAUCAGCCUCCAAGACAGCUUCCCGGGGAGGACAGGAAGCCCAAGUCGAGUGACAGCCAUGUCAAAAAGCCAUACUAUGGUAAAGAUCCCUCAAGAACAGAAAAGAAAGAGAGCAAGUGUCCAACCCCCGGGUGUGAUGGAACCGGCCAUGUGACCGGGCUGUACCCGCAUCACCGCAGUCUGUCCGGAUGCCCGCACAAAGAUAGGGUCCCUCCAGAAAUUCUUGCCAUGCAUGAAAAUGUCCUCAAGUGUCCCACUCCGGGCUGCACAGGGCGAGGGCACGUGAAUAGCAACAGGAACUCUCACAGAAGCCUCUCUGGAUGCCCUAUUGCUGCAGCAGAGAAAUUGGCAAAAGCCCAAGAAAAACACCAGAGCUGUGAUGUGUCUAAGUCCAACCAGGCCUCGGACCGAGUCCUCAGGCCCAUGUGCUUUGUGAAGCAGCUGGAGAUUCCCCAGUAUGGCUACAGAAACAAUGUCCCCACCACCACGCCACGCUCCAACCUGGCCAAAGAGCUUGAGAAAUACUCCAAGACUUCAUUUGAGUACAACAGCUUUGACAACCAUACUUAUGGCAAGAGAGCCAUAGCUCCCAAGGUGCAAACCAGGGACAUGUCCCCCAAAGGAUAUGAUGACGCCAAGCGGUACUGCAAGAACGCCAGCCCCAGCCCCAGCCCAAGCAGCAGCAGCUACGCACCCAGCAGCAGCAGCAACCUGAGCUGCGGCGGUGGCAGCAGCAGCAGCAGCACCUGCAGCAAAAGCAGCUUCGACUACACACACGACAUGGAGGCGGCGCACAUGGCAGCCACGGCCAUCCUCAACCUGUCCACGCGCUGCCGCGAGAUGCCACAGAACCUGUCCACCAAGCCACAGGACCUGUGCUCCACGAGGAACCCCGACAUGGAGGUGGAUGAGAACGGCACCCUGGACCUCAGCAUGAACAAGCAGAGGCCGCGGGACAGCUGCUGCCCCGUCCUGACGCCUCUGGAGCCCAUGUCCCCCCAGCAGCAGGCGGUGAUGAGCACCAGGUGCUUCCAGCUGAGCGAAGGGGACUGCUGGGACUUGCCAGUGGACUACACCAAGAUGAAGCCCCGGCGGGUGGAUGAGGAUGACCCCAAAGAGAUCACGCCGGAAGAUUUGGACCCGUUCCAGGAGGCUCUGGAAGAGAGAAGGUACCCUGGGGAGGUGACCAUCCCAAGCCCCAAACCCAAGUACCCCCAGUGCAAGGACAGCAAAAAGGAUUUGAUAACUCUGUCUGGCUGCCCACUGGCUGAUAAAAGCAUUCGAAGUAUGUUGGCCACCAGCUCACAAGAACUCAAGUGCCCCACUCCUGGCUGUGACGGUUCAGGACACAUCACCGGCAACUAUGCUUCUCACCGGAGCCUUUCAGGGUGCCCAAGAGCGAAGAAGAGCGGGAUCCGGAUAGCACAGAGUAAAGAAGACAAGGAGGACCAGGAGCCCAUCAGGUGUCCUGUCCCCGGCUGUGACGGUCAAGGCCACAUCACAGGGAAGUACGCUUCCCACCGCAGCGCCUCAGGGUGCCCGUUGGCGGCCAAGCGGCAGAAAGAUGGGUACCUCAACGGCUCCCAGUUCUCCUGGAAGUCAGUGAAGACGGAAGGCAUGUCCUGCCCCACGCCGGGCUGCGACGGCUCGGGCCAUGUCAGCGGCAGCUUCCUCACACACCGCAGCCUGUCAGGGUGCCCACGAGCCACGUCGGCCAUGAAGAAGGCAAAGCUGUCUGGGGAGCAGAUGCUGACCAUCAAACAGAGAGCCAGCAAUGGUAUAGAAAAUGAUGAAGAAAUCAAGCAGUUAGAUGAAGAAAUCAAAGAGCUCAAUGAAUCCAAUUCCCAGAUGGAGGCGGACAUGAUUAAACUCAGAACUCAGGUAACAAUUACCACGAUGGAGAGCAACCUGAAGACCAUCGAGGAGGAGAACAAGGUCAUCGAGCAGCAGAACGAGUCCCUCCUGCAGGAGCUGGCCAACCUGAGCCAGUCCCUGAUCCACAGCCUGGCCAACAUCCAGCUGCCCCACAUGGAUCCAAUCAAUGAACAAAAUUUUGAUGCUUACGUGACUACUUUGACGGAAAUGUAUACAAAUCAAGACCGUUAUCAGAGUCCAGAAAAUAAAGCCCUACUGGAAAAUAUAAAGCAGGCUGUGAGAGGAAUUCAGGUCUGAACAGCUGCUCUAGAGAUGAAAAUCAUGCUUAAAAAAGGAUGCCUCUUGCUUUUUGCUGCUGUAAUUUACCAGAAAGUGUUCUAUAUUUAUUUCUGUUGGAACAGUGUUAUGCUUACAAGACUUCAUAAUGAUUUUAUGUCUUGCUUUAAAAAUAGUACCUGCAGAAUAGUUUUUUGAAUACAUUCACAUUUUGUAUGUUUUCAUAUGAGCCGACAUAGUGUGACCAUGCCAUGUAAUGUUUAUAGCUGCUACUGUAUGCACAUCUGGGGGUAUAUAUAUUUCUGAAGAGGUAAGCUGAUCAAAAUAAAUAGAGUGUAAAUUCUUUUUAAUGCUUUAGUGAUUAAAUGUUUUAGUAUUUUGAACUGAAAUGGACAUAAAAGAAAAAGAUUUUAAAAGGAAAAGAAAACAGCUUUGAAUGAUCGUGGGGUGGCCUUCGGGCCACUUGUAGACAUUAUCAUUUGCCUCAUGUUAGAGGACUUUAUGGAAUUUAAGAAAUACAUUCUGCGUGCAUAUUGUUUCAUAGCGAGAAUUGGUUGCAAAAAUGCUUUAUUUUUGAACAAUGCUUGGAAAUAUUAUGUGAUUUUUUUUGUUUGUUUGUUUUAGGAGGAUGGUGUAUGGUGGGGGCAAUAAAUGAGGUUUUUUGCAUUCCAAGGAAAUGGCUUAUGGAUUAACUGUAAGAAAUGAAAUAAGUAAUUUAUUGUAAGACAACAUCAAGCCAUGGAAACUUGGCAGAAGAUUCAAAGCAGCUUAAACAGCACUUUUAAAUUAACUCCUAAACAUUACAUGGUGUGACUAUGGAGACUUCCGUUAAGACAGAGCUUGUCAGAGGUGAACAACACGAAGAUUUCCUUUGCAUUUUCAGUAAACCUUGGAACAACCUUCUCUUAUCUCUGCUAGAGUCCCGUGCCCCUCUGAACUGUUACCGAAAUGUAGUUCACCUAAAAGAAGUUGUGUUUCCAAUUUGAGCGAACAGAUCAUUUAAGAGCAUUUAUUUCCCCUUUACCCUUUUUUUUCAAAGAUCAUUAUUACUGUUGUUAUUUCACAUUCGAGGGGGAAAAGGCCAGUGGCUUGUGAGUAUUCUGGUUGCUGGACUGGAUUUUUCUGCUGGCCGGGUAGGAGAGCGACUCAGUAAACACAGCCCCUCUCCUCUCCCGCCCCAGCUGACUUUGAAUAAGCUUUGGACCAAUUCAGAGCUCUCUGAAAACGACGUUCUACCCUCCGCUGGGUCCAGCUGACCAAAUAGCAUUUGAAUAGCCUUGUUUGGUUUUGUGACCUAUUCUAAGAAUGAAUGCAAUCAGAGUUUAAAAGUAACUAAGUAUACUUCGGCACUUUUUUUGCUUUAAACUAGAUCAUCUUAGACUUGUUUAUACCUUGAGGAUUUGAUUGUUUUAUUCCAAAUGACUGCACUAUCUGUAUGCAUAAGACCACUUUUGAUUGCUGCGUUUGCCCUCUGAGUAGUCCUUUGCCAAAUGUGUUGUGUUUCCUGAUGUUGACUUGAUUUCUUUUAGUAGCAUCUCUCCCUUCCAUGUCUUGAUGUUAUGCAGGAAGUACAGAAGUACUUUAAAAUUUUGUUAUGAAAUAAAAAAAAAAAAGAUGGGUUUUGUAAAAAUAAAAAAAAAUAUUUUUAGCAGAACAGGACUUACAGGGUCAUUGUUCACACAAUGUGCCAGUUGACUAUUUGCACUUACCUUGUCCUACAUAUCCGUACGGAGGUGUGCAAUUCCUGUGUCAGUGGCCUGGUGGCCCUGAACCUGGGUGGACUGAUCACAGAGGAGGCCCUCAUGGCUGACCCAGCACGGUUGCUAAGGGAGACUACAGGGAUCUCACUACAAAUAUUCUGAUACAAUACUCAACCUCGGUAUAUAUAUAUAUAUAUGUAUAAAUACAUGUAUAAUCCCAGCGGCACUUUAUACUGCUCACUGUACAAAAGCUUACAGUUUUCCACAAGGACUUUAAUAACUAGCUGGGAAGAAAAAAAAAAAAAAAGACGAUGUAAUUACUUUGGGGCUCUGCAGUACAGUCUCUUACAGCACCCCUUUCUGUUGCGCGAUUAGUUGUAGCUGCCACGCUCAGAAUUGCCUUUUUGAAAGCUGAAGCAAGGUGCUUACCGCCACCUGUUGCCAUACACAUGGUCCCGGGCGCUCGCCUCGCCUCGGCCGGCCCCUGUCCAUAGCGGCAUAUGCAUCUCCCCACCGCGUCUUGUCUGCAGCCUCCUGGCCAAUGUAGUAAUGCUUUUAGUAGAGUAAUAGGUAGUAUCAGUUUGGAUUCUUAUUGUUAUCACCCAUGUACAAUGGAAAGGGAUUCUAAGCACAAAUUUGCUGCUCAUGUAACGUUGGUACAUAAUAUCAAAUCAGAAGUUAUCUGUGACUAUUAGGGAUCACAAAAGUGUCACAUGUUAGAAUGCUGACCUUUCAUAUGGAGUUAUUGUGACUCAUCAGAGCUUAUUUAUUAUAACUUAUUGUUCAUAUUCAUUUCUAAGUUCAUUUAAGUAAUCAUUUAUUAAGACAGAAUUUUGUAUAAACUAUUUAUUGUGCUCUCUGUGGAACUGAAGUUUGAUUUAUUUUUGUACUACACGGCAUGGGUUUGUUGACACUUUAAUUUUGCUAUAAAUGUGUGGAAUCACAAGUUGCUGUGAUACUUCAUUUUUAAAUUGUGAACUUUGUACAAACUUUGUCAUGCUGGAUGUGAACACAUCUUACUCUAAAUAAAAAGGUGUUGC